GGGCUUAACCAUAAAAAAAGUGAAAAGCCAAAAAAAAGAAUAGUAAGGAAAAGCCGCUGCAGAUCUUGUGGCCUGUAUCUCGCAGCUCACUGUAAUUACUCCGCAUAACUGCCCAUACUAGGCACCGUUAUUCUGUACCUGCGCCUCUAAUAAAUUUUACUCUCCACACCGCUACCCGAUUCAAAAAGCUUGCCGUCAUCAUGCCUGUCGUCUCGCGUUUAGUCUCGAUUGUCCUCCGUGUGGUGGAAAUCAUCUGCGGUGCGAUCGUUGCCGGUAUCAUCGGUUACUAUCUGGGGUCCUUGAAUGAUCUUGAAGCAUGGCCUCAAGCACGAUGGAUCUAUACGGAAGUGAUCGCGGGUGUAUCCAUUUUACUCGGCCUGAUAUGGCUGAUACCCUUCUCAUUUAGUUUCUUUUCAUGGCCCUUCGAUAUCGUCAUCUCUCUCGCCUGGUUUGCUGCGUUUGGUAUUCUUGUUGACGCUAUCCACAAAUUUAACUGUGGAAGCAUCUGGGGAUGGGGUAAUAUCACUCAUAACGACUCAUGUGGUCGGUGGAAAGCGGCGGAGGCAUUCAGCUUCAUCUCUGCCUGCGUCUGGCUUGUUUCUGGUCUUGUGGGCCUUUGGUUUACCUUCCGUGUCCGUGGCACUGCAAGUGACAGAGUUAGCAACCGCCGUGGCUUAUUCAAACGAUCUGCUGUUUAAAGGUUAAAAGCUACAACCUACGAUAUCGUUCGGUCUUUCGAACUGCCCGAUCAGCCCCCGGGCGUUGUCGUGUGUUCCCAAGAUCGAACCGGAGAUCCGAAGAGAGACUUCUAUAACACUACUCGACACUCUUUAUACCCCGCUCUGACACGAUACUUCGUAUCACCCUUUACCUUGCUUCGCAAGACCGCGUCACCGCUUUUGAUAGUCACGUUGAUUUCCGCUUGAGGUUCAUAGCUCGCCA